AUGACAGAUGACGGAAAACAAUAUGAAGUCGGAAUCAUUGCUGUUGCGACUGGGUUUGACGCGUCGACUGGCGGCCUCUCCAGGCUGGGUAUCAAGGAUGCCAACGGCGUCGACUUGAGUGAACACUGGAAAAAUGGAAUCUCAACUCACCUGGGAAUGAUGAUCCCCGGGUUCCCAAACAUGUUCAUGCCCUAUGGGAUUCAGUGUCCAGCCCCGUUCACAAAUGGGCCGGUCUUUAUCGAGCACCAGGCGGACUUCGUCCGUGAUCUGGUGCAGAAGAUGCAGAGCGAGAGUAUCCACUCCAUCGAUCCGCGUCCAGAUGCGGCGGACGCCUGGAAGGCUGAAGUUAAAUCCGUUGGGGAUAAAACACUUUUCUCGCAGGCCAAGUCGUGGUAUAAUGGUGCAAAUAUUCCGGGGAAGACGGUUGAAAUGCUCUAUUAUCUCGGUGGCGUUGUUCGUUGGCGUGAGAAGUGUGUAGAAGCUCUUGGACCUAAAUUUGGAGAGUCAUUUGCUUGUCAUUAG